AUGGCUUCUUUCUUCUCUUCUCUUCUCUUCUUUGCACUCCUCAUUUCUGCUACAAAUGCUCAAACUACCCCAACACUUCCCAUUUGGAAGGACAUGAAAACUUCCCAAUUCUACACCACAAUACAAAUGGGCAGCAACUUGGUUGCCAUAAACGCUGUCAUCGACCUUGGAGGCCCUUUCUUGUGGUUCGCCUGUAACGACUAUGUGUCCAAUACUUAUGCUCCGAUUCCCUGUGGCUCGACCAAAUGUGAGGUCGCCAAGGGGAUCGGCUGCGUUGGGUGUAAUUUGCCCCCACGCCCCGGCUGCACUAACGACACCUGCGGUGCCUCCCCUUAUAAUCCUUUCAUGGACAUGCUCGUCUCCCAAGGCUAUGCAGAGGACACAUUUUACAUGAAAGAUCGUCUGUCGUUGCCCGACUUUUCCUUCUCUUGUAUGGACAAGGAUUUCCUGGAGGGCCUGGCAAGCGGCUCCACAGGCAUGUUAGGCCUUGCCAGGACUGAUAUCUCCUUCCACAAACAGGCAGCGCACAGGUUUAACUUGCCUGAUAAAUUCUCCCUCUGCCUCCCAUCUUCAGGAAUCGGGAAAUUAUCAGUCGGAGUCAGCCCGUUUUCUGGUUCUCUCAAGACCACGCCCCUGAUCAUAAAUCCUGUCAGCACUUAUCCUAUCUACGUGACAGGCGAACCCUCCGACGAGUACUUCAUCGACGUGAGAUCAAUCAGGGUAGAAGGAAAGCCACUCUCUGUCAAGAACUCUUACUUCUCCAUCGACGAAAACGGAGUCGGGGGAACGAAAAUCAGUACGAUACGGAAUUUCACUGCUCUGCAUAAUUCCAUCUACAAGCCCUUUACCAGGGCUUUUCUGAAGGCGGCAGCUGACAUGAAGAUCAAGAGCAUUGCGGCUGUUCCGCCAUUCAGGGCCUGUUUCAGCUCAGACUCGAUCUCCAGGACCCCGGCGGGGCCUUCUGCGCCAACCAUUGAUUUGGUUCUGCCUGGAAAUGAUGUGUACUGGAGGAUAAACGGAGGCAACUCGUUGGUUGAGAUUGAUCAGAAAACAACCUGCCUUGCGUUUGUGGAUGGAGGUUCAAAUCCAAGAACGUCGAUCGUGAUCGGGGCGCAUCAGUUGGAGGAGAACUUGUUGGAGUUUGAUCUGGUUUCUUCCCAGCUUCGAUUCAGUUCUUCACUUCUGGUCCAGAACAACAGCUGCUCCCGCCUCUAA